GAUAAGCUACUUGUGGCACAAGUUGCACAUUUAUCGCCUCGACGGGCCUUCUUGCGACUGCCAUACGCAAGUUCCACUAGCUCAGAGCUACGGUAUCAUAUGUCAAACUACAUUACAAUCAGGGCAACAACAUGAUGGUUUGACUGCGCAGCUGAGCAAAUGUAGCCUGAGCAACGUUGGGGAACGAUUCAAUGGCAGCGGCAAGUACCACGAACCCAGACCCGCUCGCGUCGGAAGGCACCUUCCAUAAAAUCAAGGACCUGGGGUCAGGAUCGUUUGGACAUGUAGCGCUUUACUCUCGGCUCGGUCACGACGAGCCUGUCGCGGUCAAGUGCCUGCCCGUCCGAGUAGUGGACUACAACAUGGUCAAGCGUGAAGUGCGAAGUCAUUGCUCGCUAAAUCAUCGUAAGGCAAAGGGGUUGAAGGGGUUUGGCUGGGUUUGGGUUUUUCCACGCUCGACACCGCUCCAGUCUUGGGGUUGAUUGGACCCACGCUCGCCUGACAACCCGGCGGGCCUGCUUGCGCACCGCAGCCCAUGUGAUCUUGUUCAAGCGUCUGGGGCUCACCCCGGACAAGCGCUAUCUGUUCAUGGUGAUGGAGUACGCGGACUGCGGGGACCUGUUCAAGUACGUGCAGCAGCACGGCCGCCUGCCGGAGGCGGAUGCGCGCUGGUUCUUCCAGCAGAUCAUCCUGGGUCUGGACUACUGCCAUCGGCGCGGUGUGGUGAACCGCGACCUCAAGCUGGAGAACCUGCUGCUGCGGAGCGCCGCCGAGGUGCCGCCGCCGCCCGGGCAGCUGGAGCAGCCGCGCAACCUGCACAUCAAGGUUGCAGACUUCGGGCUGUGCAAGGCGUCCGUCAACUCCCUGCCCAAGAGCCGCGUGGGCACACUCUACUACCUGGCGCCAGAGGUGCUGCGGGCCAGUGCGGACCGGCCCUACGACGCCAAGCUCAGCGACAUAUGGAGCGUGGGCGUUAUCUUGUACGUGCUGCUGUUCAAGGCCUACCCGUUCGGCGUCAUCAGCGACCGGGACAACAAGGCGCAGCGGGACGCCAUCCUGCGCCGCAUCGCCAACGCCGAGUGGCAGCUGCCGGCGCACCCGGUCAUUGGUGAGGCCUGCCGCGACCUGCUGUCCCGCAUCCUGGUGUCCGACCCGGCCAAGCGCAUCACCAUGGAGGGCAUCAUGUCCCACUCCUGGUUCCGUGAGGACCUACCCGAGGGCGCCCUCGAGUUCAAUGAGGGCCUGGUGGAGGAGCAGGCGGCGGACCCGCCCAGGUGCGAGCAGUCCAUGGAGGAGAUCGACGCCAUACUCAGCGCCGCCGAGGACCCGCUGCACGGCGGCGGGCUUGGGGCGGGGCUGGCGGGCGGCGGCGGCGCGGCGGGCGGCGGCACGGCGGCGGGCGUGAUGGCCAUGAUUGGGUCCAGCGGCAUAGAUGACGAGAUCGACGAGCUGCAUGCGGAGCACCCCUCCCAGUUCGGCAUGAACGACUGAGGGGGCCGGCCGGGGGGGCUGCUCGUGGGUGGUGGCGUGGUUGUGAGGCGGAUGUGCGUGCCUGGGGGGUGGUCGAGAGUGAUGUGGUAUGGUAUUAUGGGGUGGGAGGCAGGAGGCUGGAAGCGGUGCAGUGCGUUGCCUGCUCGCAACGGCGGCCGUGGGUGGCCGUGGUCACAUUCGCUCAACGUGAGUGCAAAGGGGUCAAUAAGCCGCAACGAACGGGAUGGUGAAGACGUGAGGCUGCCGCCAUCGUGUGCGCCGCACCGCCAGACUGAUUGGAGCGUUGUGCCCGCCGCCAAGAGCCACCAAUGGCUUGCUGCGAGUUGUUUGGUGUCGCCGCGAUGUUGACUCGGCCUUGGUGCCAGGUAGCGGUGUCAAGCAAGUGCGCGGGUAGUGGACUGCAUUUGGGGCUGCUUUGUCGGGCUGCGGGGUUGGGGGCGGGGGGCAGCUGAAGCCGUGAGCAACGGCCGGUCAGCAGGAUGCGGCAUCGGUACUUGCAGCUGAGGUUAGGCGCCUGAGAAGCCCUGGGGCAAGGCGACGUAGCCCGAAACUCGCUACCCGAACGAGGAAUGCAGAAGGGAUACGGUAGUUGCGGUAUUAUAAGAUACAUGGGCUGGACGGUGUCGGAGGCCGUGGAGCGGAGUCGCUGGUGGGCACGCGCGGGCGGGGCGCGGGGGGAACUCGGCUGAAACAAGUUGUUCUGUCUCGAGCUGGUGCUGCGUGGCUCCCUGCUCCCUGCUGAGCGCACAGACUAAUUGAGGUUGGCGAGAUAUCCAGAGAUAUCGAUUCUGGUAAGAC